UGAUGCGAAGAAUCAUCAAUUUAUUUUCUCCAUCUGCAUUUCUUUACUCGUAUCAAUAUCAUGAAUAGGAUUCAGGCUACAUUUCUGUCUAUUAUAUUCUUCAUUACAGCAAAUAGAGCUCAGAUUCAGCCACAAUCUCAACUAGCGCCGUGUUUCUUCAUCUUCGGCGAUUCAUUAGUCGAUAACGGCAACAACAACGCCAUUCUCAGUCUUGCUAGGGCUAACUAUAGGCCUUAUGGAAUCGAUUUCCCUCAAGGCACUACCGGCCGUUUCACCAACGGCCGUACUUUCGUCGAUGUCCUUGCUCAACUGCUAGGGUUUCCAAAUUACAUUCCUCCAUUUGCUAGACUCAAUGGACGUUCUCUGUUCCAAGGAGCAAAUUAUGCGUCUGGUGCGGCUGGGAUCCGAGAUGAAACUGGCAAUAACCUGGGGGGGCAUAUUUCAAUGAACAGGCAAGUUAUGAACUAUGGAAGAACAGUUGAAGAACUAAGAAGGUUUUUCAGGGGUGACAAUGGUGCACUUGGUGCUUAUUUGAGUAAAUGCAUCUUCUAUUCUGGAAUGGGAAGCAAUGAUUAUCUUAACAACUAUUUCAUGCCUAAUUUCUACUCCACUGCUAAUGCUUUCACUCCUACAACUUAUGCUGCUUCCCUUCUCCAGGAUUACUCUCGCCAACUAGCGACGCUUUACAAUUUGGGAGCUCGAAAAAUCGUUGUGGCAUCAGUGGGUCAAAUCGGUUGCAUACCAUAUCAACUAGCUAGAUACAAUGGAAACAACAAUAGUAGAUGCAAUGAAAACAUUAACAAUGCAAUUAGUAUCUUCAAUUCGGGGUUAAAGAAUUUAGUUGAUAAUUUCAACCGAGGCCAGCUUCCUGGUUCCAAGUUUGUUUAUAUCGACUCGGUUAAGAGCUCGAUAGAUCUUGUGGCUAACGCGGCUUCUUACGGUUUUGAAGUUGUAGACAAGGGUUGUUGCGGAGUGGGGAGGAACAAUGGACAAAUAACGUGCCUUCCGUUUCAACCAACUUGCCAGGAUCGAAACAAGUACUUGUUUUGGGAUGCUUUUCACCCGACAGAUGUAGCGAAUGUCAUUUUCGCACAACAAGCUUUCGCUUCGAAAUCCAAAGCUUAUGCAUAUCCAAUCAACAUACAACAAUUGGCUGCGAUGUAACAUGAAUGAUAUUCAUUGAUCUUAUGAUUAUUUAUGUUUUAUUGUUUGAAAUGAUUAAUAAUGGCAAGAAAAAAAAUGGAAUGUAAACUUGCAACAAACUUUCUUAGUGUUGGUAUUAUUUAUUUUAUCUUUUAUGUAAAGUAUAAGGUUAAUUAUGUAUGAUGU